AGCCUACACAUGAAAGUGACUAAGAGGAAGGAUAUGUCAUAAUGUGAUACAAACAGAAAUUCCACCAGCCUCCAUAUAUCACCACGUGUCAUAAUCUCACCGAGUUCAGAUUGCCACAACUUCCAAGUGAACCGGCUCAAGACUGCUACCCUCCAAGCUGAAGAUGACUGACUGUGAAUUUGGAUAUGUUCACACACUGGCUCAGGACUACCUGCAGUACGUCCUACAAGUACCACAACCUGAAUUGGGUCCAAGCAAAACAUCCAGAGUGCUCCAAAACGUGGCCUUCUCAGUCCAAAAAGAAGUUGAAAAGAAUCUGAAACCAUGCUUGGACCAUUUUGAUGUUGUGUCCAUAGAUACUGCCAGAACAAUAUUCAAUCAAGUGAUGGAAAAGGAAUUUGAAGAUGGCAUAAUUAACUGGGGAAGGAUUGUGACCAUAUUUGCAUUCGGAGGUAUUCUCAUCAAGAAGCUUCUACGAGAGCAAAUUGCCCUGGAUGUGGACACAUACAAGGAAAUUUCUUAUUUUGUUGCUGAGUUCAUAAUGAAUAACAUGGGAGAAUGGAUAAGGCAAAACGGAGGCUGGGAAAAUGGCUUUGUAAAGAAGUUUGAACCUAAAUCUUACUGGCCGACUCUUCUAGAAGUUACAGGAAAGGUCUGUGAAAUGUUAUCUCUACUGAAGCAAUACUGUUGACCAAAAAGGACAUUCCAUAUUGUGAAACCUGACAAAUUUUUCUGACUCUUACAUGAACUAUUGCCAACACAUACUACAUCUACUUUCAAACAAACAAUUUUGAUGAUGUAACUUGACUUUCCAGAGUUAUGGAAAUAUUGUCUUCAUUUAAAUAAAUAAAUAGUAUGUAUUUGUCUCU